AUGGCGGCGCAGAGGGACGUGAAGCGAAGGGUGGUGAUGUUUACGUGGUUUGCGAGUUUCAUUAUAAUUGUUGUGCUUCUGGGUUGCUUGGGCGCGGGUGAGGUCUGCGAGCUUCGGUGGGGCCUGGGCCGGGUCAUCUUCAGCCUGGACUUCGAAGCUUCCAGGAAGCGCUACAUAGAGAUGCUGCCGAAGACGCUGGAGACCUACUCCAUCUACUUCCGCGUCAAGCGCUGGGUCCUGGGCGAUGACAUCUCGUACGUGGACUUCAUGAUGUACGAGACGCUGGACUGGAUACGCGUCUUCCACGCUGAAGCCCUGGCGCACUUCGAGGCGCUGACAGACUACUGCGCCCGCUUCGAGGCUCUGCCGGGAGUCGGCGAGUACCGGACAUCGGCUCAGUUCGUCAGCUGGCCUAUAUUCGGUCCACUCGCCAAAUGGGGAUUUCGGGAGAGACCUUAG